AUGAGAAGACUAUGUUAUAGCCUGGAGAGAAACAAGGAGGACUACAGAUCCCAUAACAACAAGGUGCAGAUCUCAUGACUUCAGUUCCUCUACCCUCACACCUCAAUGGAACUACAGCAAAGCGAGAGUCGGCCCUCCAAAAGUACACAUACAGCGGCGACUCCUGUGAGACAAGACUACCCAGAUACCAUGCUACCUCCACCAAGAUGAACGUCUUCCAGUCCAUCUCCUCCUUCCUCCGCAAGAAUAAGAAGGUUCCAGAGCGAGCUGAACCUCUACAAGCUAAGAGACCGGCGGAGAGAAAGGGAUCUUCCGUUGCUGAGUCUGAUGAUGCUGAUAACAGUGAUAAGAGGGUAGAAGAAGAAUCCUAUGAAGGAAGCGAGCUGAGUGAUGAUAACAAAGAUGACAUCGCUUUUGUCCGGUCGACGUUUAGACAGAGUGUAAAGAGAGCAAUAGGAUGGAGGAAGAGUCAGAGAAAAGCAGUAAACAAACGAAAAAAGGAAAAUAUCCACAACUCAAAGUUGCUGACAGGUGGAACUAAAGAUGAAGACGAGUUUUACGACGACACUGAGUUGGAUGUCGUAGUGAUAACUGAAGCAGACGGAAUACCCGACGACCCCCAAAUUAAGCGACUUCCUGUCCCUUCCUCCUCAAAAGGCAGCAAGAUACCAAAACGUAGGAACUCUACCAAACGACCUGCCGUCUCCCUCAAAUCCUCCGGUUUCUUCUCCCAAUCUGUGGCGCGACCCAGAAAACGGCCAGAUUCCAUCUCGUUGAGACCAGAUCCAUGGGCCCACGCUGAAACUACAUUCACAAGGUCCCGACACACUGCAAAGAGCACCAGGACCUGUUCGUUGUCAAUGAAUCAGAAUAGACCUCCUCCAGUGCAAAGGAACCAUACUCGGCACCCAACCUGGGACGGAGGACAAACCCGCAACAGGAACACAACAAGCCGCAGUAGUACCAGAUCUUUAUCUGCAGUUAGAGGAAGGAACAUGAACCUGUCACGGAGCUCACUGGCUGGUAGUCAGAUACCCCGGUAUUUGGGCUCCACUAGUUCUGUCUCCUCCCCCGGUACCACCUCCCCCGACUAUAUGUUCCCGGGUCACAACAUGAACCUGGCUGAUCUGGAUUUUAGUGACUCUGACACGGAGAACUGCAGAGUUCCGCCCUGGAGAAAUAAUGAGAUUCUCCACGCUUACUCUAGGAGCACGGCUGAGACUCGGCCCUCCUCUCGAGCUACUUCCUCAUCAUGGUCCUCUAAUCGUACCCGGUCCUCAUCAACUACUGGGAGCCGCUACCAGUCUCGUAACUCAUCCUGGAGCGGACGUCAGUGUCAAAACUCUAAGAGCACCAGUAACAUCAGAUCCACAUUAACUCCCUCCCGGACAGACAUGACGGGAUCUCAAUCUCGGAUACCCCGGUACCUUGGCUCCACAACCUCCAUGUCCUCUAUCAGUCCCAUGUCUACUGAGUACCACGUCCCUGGUUUACACUUCAACUAUGCUGAUCUGGACUUUAGUGACUCUGACGGCUCUGAGAAGACUAGAUGCGAUUCUACGUCAAAGAGAAGCGAAGGGGGUAAGACCGUGACAGCGCGGACCAACAAGGCUAGUGAGCUGAGAGAAGUUGCCAUAAAGAAAAAACUUGAGAGCACCCCCGGUCAAUCCACAACUCCAGAGGAACCUGUAGAAAUGGUACCGGCUGCUCCUGCGCCGACUGCUAGAAGAAAACCUCGCGCCUCAUUCCGAACUAAGAAGGGUAUCUCCCGCAGACCUGUACACAAGAAGGAUAUAAAACCUGCGGAGAAUAAAGCAAGUCAGCUCCGAGCCAAGAAGAACAAGAGGAAUUAGAGGAUGAACAAAGACAGAGAUCAGAAUCUAUUUCCAAACAGGCUGAGUCCAGAGAGCCGGAUGCCAGGCGAUCUGACCGGUUUUCUUCUGUUGCGAUCAAAACGCCGGCUCCCGGUACUGAAAAUAAGGACCCUCUAACAUAUACCCAGAACUAUCGUAACGAAUCAGUCUCUAGAAUCAGAACUAACUCCGAGUCUAACAGACUCAGAACAUCAACCUCUGAUACGCCCACUACCAAUAUACCUGGGCGUGUCACAAAAAGUUCACCUCAGAAGCCGAUAAGAAGCAAAAUACCGUCCACCAGUUCCACAAGCUCCAACAUACCGCCUCCUUCUCCCCGCCAUUUGCCAACUCCUCCCACAUUACCUCUUUCAAAAUCCUCUGAAGACUUUCAGGCCCGCAAAUAUUCUGGUCGGUCAGAGAAAACAUCUUCCAGCAUACCCAAACCUAAACUUGGCUCCCCUCACGACCCCACUAAAGAACUUGUUUUCAUACCUCUGGAUAGUGUGUCGUUACCAUUACCGACAAAUAAUAAGAUUGAUGACAUGAAACGGAAACGAAAGAUUCAGCGACCAAGUGGGGUCAGUAAUAUAUUCCAUGGUGGAGCUGGUGAUUUACCGUCCAGCAACAUUCGCAGACAACUUUCCAACGAUGACUCGGACACCACUUUUACUGUCCAUGUCAAUAAAACUCCAACAAAAUCUGUUCCAACAACGCCAAAAAAAACUUAUGUUUCAAAAACUCCUGCAUCCAGUUCAGUUCCAAAUUCAAGCUCCAUCCCCAGUAACUUAUCAUCACGGUUAAAUUCGUCAGGGUGCAUUAAAGAUCGGGCAAAACCGAAACAGGUGCAAAACCUCAGUAAAUUUACGAGAAAAAACAGUAUCGAAUCUGCUCGGAGAUCAAAAAAAGGAAUUCCGGCAAUUUCUAGACUCUCAGAAUCAAACUCAUUUCACUCAGAAAGUUCAGAUCCCGAUAACUCAACAAGCUAUGAUUCUUGUCGGUCUGCGGAUGACGAUGAGUAUCUCAUUUCUUUGCCAGGAUCCCCGCAACUCUGUGAAUCUCCGAGGUUACCCGUCCCUAGAACACCCGCCCCAAAAACUCCUGUUUUAAUAUCGACAGACGAUUUGGAGAUUCAAAAGCAGAAGUUGCGAACUCCGACUAAGAGAUCAGGUUCAAUUAGCGUGAAGCAAGUUAGAAUCCGCAAAAGUUGGAUCCGUCCGAACACUGACAAUGAGAUAUUGGAUCCCGAAAUUGAGAAAGUCAAAGUUGCUUUAAGCGAAGAAGUUCUUAUCAUAGAGGAUCUUAUAAGCGGACACCAGGAUAUUAUCCAGAAGCUAUCAUCUCGUACACUGGUUCUUAAGAACGUGACAUCAGCUCUGAGGCGAAGUGACAUGGAGAGAGCAGCGAGAAUGACAGUUUCACUGUGCUUCCCCCGCUCACACCCUGAUGAGGAGUUUAAAUCUAUGAGGCGAGCCUGUGUGUGUACUUCUGAUGACUUGGCACUAUUCCAAAACUGCCUGACUCUCUUACUGGUUGAUAGGGAGAAACUGACAUUACCAGUGGUGGCAAUUCUCAUUAGUAAAGUGAGGUUUACGUUUGAGGUUCUCGGAUCUGAGGUUUUGAGAGGGAACAUUGGAGAAGCUCUCAAGCUUAUCACGGGAAACUUCGGGACUAAGAUCGCUCACAGGGAUUCUACUCCAGGUAUUAACUAUCGUCUCCAAGAGAACGCAGAAGACUGUCACCAGGAAUUGUUAUUGGUGAAAAAGCACGUCCACAAACUCACUGCAGUGGACUACUCACCUGAGCUGCUUGCUCUUAAGAAAACUCUCGAACUUUUUGAUUUGUGAUUGGAAAUAAUUGUAAUUCUUGUUUUAUAAAAAUUGUGUCAGUGACAUAUGAUUUAUCUGUUGAAUGGGUUUUCUUACUGAGUAGAUAUACUUUUCUAUUUAAAUUUUAAGAUCGUAAAAUUAAGCCUGAUUUUAGAAUAAGGACAAUUUUACUAUCCCAUUUUGUCUGGUGAUAUUGAUUUUUUAUUGUUACACUGUACUAUUGAAACUUUCAUGUUGAAACAUUGAAAGCUUCAAAUUUGUCUGAUAAUACUUGUAGAAAUAUUUCGAAUAAUUUGUAAACUAGUAAAUAAGAUAUUGUGCAACGUUUGUUGGUGGUGUGGUCAUAUUUUCAUAAUUAUGCAUGAAAUGGUUGUUUAUCUUUCCAUAGAUUAUUGUUACUGCUUCAGUUCCAUUUAUCUCACAUUGUUAUUAAUAUUUAGACUCAUUUAAUUUUCUUUUGUGCGCGUUUGUUGGAUCAAUAAUAAGCUUAAGAGCCCGAAUUCCUUCAGCGUUCCUUCGUUGCUACGUUAGACCCGAUUGAUAAGAUUAUAUGUAUGACAGUUAUUGUCGAUAAUGAUUCACGACAUACAUAUUAUGAUAUGUUUGGGUUACUGUUAAGUCCCGUUGUAAGGACGUAAUUGUUUCAUUUUAUAUGCGACCCGGAUCAUUUUCUUACGAAAUUUUGAAUGAAUUGUAAGUUAACAUAUUGCUUUAUUACCAAAAUCAAA